GUCUACUGUGCCUCUUUGUCGUUGUUCUCGGACAGGAGCACCCGCGGCGUAUAGUGGUCUGAUGAGAGAUCAUUUUCGCGUGAUCUAGUCGGACAGGUGGCGUGAUCUAGUCUGAUGAGAGAUUAUUUUCGCAACGUGACCUGCGCCGCAUGGGGCAUUUCGCAACGUGACAAGCGACCGUGCACCUAUUUUGGUGCCUUUCAAAAAAAUUGUCGUCGUUGCUCUGCAGGAGCAACAGAAAUCGCUUCGAAAAAAGAGAACAAAUUCUCCAGCAUUUUGCCGAUGUUCAUCUCAAGGGAGGCCCACCGAUCGACGCGAUACUGGGGACGGAGUUUUCCUACGAUGCCAAUGCUGUUGACAGUGCACCUCCUGACAGUUUCUCCACGACCCUUGAUGUUGACGCUACGACCCUAGAGGGCCGUCGCUCUGAUGUUGACGCUGCGGCACCUUUGUGGCGUGCCACCCCAUCAGCAAAGCACCAGUUCUCCGAUGCUGUUGUGCAGACGUUGCUCCCAGCUCCUGCAGAUGGUGAUGAAUCCGCGGCCUCUGACCCAGCAGUAAACAGUGCGCCGCUGGCGAUCCCGAUUUCGCGCAUCCCGGCUGCGCUUGUCGCCGCGCGCGGUAUCCUAGCUGGCUCCGCGCAACAGGAGCUCAGCCGCUAUAACCGAAGCCACGACUACAAAAAGCGCAGACGUUUCGACCUCCGCAUCAAGAUCCUGCGCAAAGAGGUGCGGCGCCUCGGCGCCUCCCUCGACCCAGACGACCCAGCGGCCGGCGCGGCUUACCGGGAAAAGUGUGAGCACCUCUCGGGCGUGAUAGCGGAGCGGGCAGAAUUUCGCUUAACCCAGGCAUCUGAUUUCAACACCGACCUCCACACCCGAUCCCAGCGAACCCGGAAGCGAAAGUUGUCCAAGGCGGCGGAUUUCGAUCCCGAUGUGGCGGCGAAGCACUUCCAAGCUGUUAGUGUCUCUUUAUCGUUGUUCUCGGACAGGAGCACCCGCGGCGUAUGGUCAAAGCGUUUGUUUGCCAUCUUUGGCGCUCGCGGUUUACUUCUUGCAAGUGUAUUGCUUCGCUCUGUUUCUCGAUAUUUCUGCGUGCUGCGUUGCAACUACUUAUCUUUUUCAUGAAGGCAAAAGCUCGGUCUGCGCAGCACGUUCAGCAAUUUAUUGAAGUUCAUGCUUUUUUUUCUUGAUGUAACGCCGUGCUCUUGCAUUUUGCAUUGCGACCCCACACCUCAACCGCUUGUCCUCGUUCAACACAUAACCACCUGACGUUUUGUUUUUUGUUUUGUAGCAUCCGUUCACAAUGAAAAUGAUUUUUACAAGCGAUUCGUCUGCAUGUGCAAAUUUUUUUUUCCAUCAGCGGUUGAAAAACAAAUCUGAUCGGAUGCUACAAAACAAAAAACAGAAACACCUGUGCCCCUGCUGCGCUUCUGCCGUCGCGUCGUGAUUUCGACUUCCGUACUUAGUCUUAUCAACAUCGUCUUCGAUGCAACGUUUCCACCCUUCGCCCGCGCAACUUCUUCAUAACCGUCAUGCUCGCACUUCGCGACGUCCUCGUCGCGUUCUACAAUUCUACAAAAUCUACGAAAUCUGCAUACGACAUGGACAAGGACAUGGACAAUCUGGCGACGGAGACGGAGGAGAGGGGGCGGAGGGGGUACGAACUGGCGACGGAGACGGAGGAGAGAGGCCGGAGGGGGUACGAACUGGCGAGGGCUAACCGCAAGGAGGGGUACAGAACGGGGGGUCAGCACCACCGGGGCCCCCUACAACUGGGGGCUGGCUCUUCUACCAGCGGCCAUCAAGGGGCUCUACCCGGAUCUUCGCUGUCCACGGCACCGCCACUUUCCGCCCGCGCAGUCCAUAGGGGCCGUCUUACAGCAAAAGUUCGGCUAGCUCCUUCGCCCGCGUUGGCGAGCGGCUAAUGACCGCAAGGGAAACGCGUCGCACGACCUUGGUAUCAAAUCAACAACAAGGUGUUGUUGACUCGAGCACGACGUUGCAGCACGCCGGGACAACAAGCGGCCAUGUUCAUCUCUCGUCUUCGUCCGCUGCAGCGCAGCCGCAAGACCUCUCGGUGAUGGGACGGCAGGUGACACCAGGACCUGUUCCUGCUGUAUGGGAUAAGUACAGCUUCUCAAAUCGGUUACCUUCUCAAAUGUAGUUCCAUGGAUGUGUCAUGCGCAAAACUACCUCAAGCCGCCAGAGCCAGACAAUCAAGCUAUUUCGCAUGACAAAUCUACUCCGAAGGGCUAAACAGCAU